UUUUGGCUUGUGGCACGUCAGCGAUGUAACCGGCUCAAGGACACAAAGGGAUCACCAAGGAACCAACAAAAAUGCUGUACGUCACACACCGUGGCAGCGUUCAUAAAAAACAAAGCUGUUGGCUGCAUCAAUGAAAAUGUAAUAUAAGUGACUAUUGUCGACACAAGACCAUUAUUUUGCACAGCCCUUGUAUGUCACCUUGCCCUGCAUUUUUCCUCAGAUGGAUAGUGGGCCCACAUCCCCUCCUUCGUCCGUGGUGGCUAGCCCCUCCACCCUGUGGCGCCUGGCCGAAAGGCGAGCGCGUAAGGCCGGCUCUGGGAACAUCUUCAGCAAUGUGAACCUGUGGCAACUCCAGAGACUUUUCAGGGCUGCUGGAGACCAGGAUGCAGAACAGAGGGCCCAACUAGUUUGGGCCCACAGGGAUGAGACCGAGUUAGCCCAGGCCCUGGUGGGACUUAGGACCCGGAGUCAUGGCAGAGUUCUGAGGGCUAGCAGGAGGGACUUAAUGGGCACACACUGGUUACGGGCCUUCAAUCAUCUCAGGAUUGAAGAGGGCUUCCCAAGCAGUCCGGAAAAGGACUCUGGUGAAGAGACAGAUCCAGAAGCUGUGCCUCACAACAGCGAAGGCCCACAUCAGCACACUACAACUGAGCAAACUACAGGGCCUUCGGCGGUUCUAAAUGAGAGCCGAGGCUUCAGAAGGUCAGAGAGACCGCCUCGAUCUUUCUCAAGCUCAAGGACAGGUGGAGAGAGCGACCCUGACAGAUACCUCCACAGAAUACAACACUAAAGGAGUGAAGAAGUCAAAGGAGAUUUUCGUCCUCAGAAUACAACACUAACGGCGUCAAGAAAUCAACAACACUUGGACCAAGGGCACGUUUUAGCAAUGUAUUCAUUGCUAGAUAGCAGGAUAUCAGCGCGACAGUUUGUCUAUUUAGGGAUGUUUUGUUUAUGAUAGUACAGACUUACAAAUGACUUAACUGAGCACAAUGAAUCAGUUUGCGCAGUGGCAUAAGAAUGCGUCGUCAGAUACUCCAGUUUUACAGUUUUUGUGUUUUAAUAUUGAUGGUUUACAACUCAUACAAUCUGUUUACUGUAAUUAUGACAUGACCAUUGCUGUAUUGAUACUUGCGGAUCUCCAUUGCAAAUCGAAGACCCCUUGUACAGUACCAGCAUACAUUACAUGUAAAUGUAUUUUUGGGAUUGAAGGAAAACACUACCAACCUUAUAAAAGAGGGUUCAAUGUUCAAUUUUCACUAAAGCCUGUGGUAAUAAAGUACUG